UGUAACAGCCACCGUCUCCGCCGUACUGUCGAACCAGUUUUCAGUCCACCAUCACUUCGCCACAUCGGGAAUCGCCGCCGCUUUCAGCUCAUCCUUUUGUGGCCGAUCACGUUCGAUACAAGUAAUCCGUGGAAGAUUUCGUGCGAUGUUACUCCAAUCUCCGUUCCAACAAUUAUAGCACAAGUAGCGUCAUUACCCGGCGGAAUAGCCUUUCAUCCUCCGCGUCAGUAGGAAGAAUCAAUUGAUUCAGGUGCUGGAUUGAACGUCCUUGUGAAUGUGGAUCGAUUUGCAAUUCUAAGAAGAAACUCAAGCCGUGAAUUGUGUCUGCAGUUUUUAUCAGCUUGCUAAUUCUGAAAUGUGAUGAUGUCUUCGGUUUCUCCAUUUUUGUUGCAACCUAUGCGUUUUUCUGCGGACACGAAGCAAAUCCAAAGUCCACAACCUGAGAAACUUGCCUUGAUUAUAGAUAAAAGUAGAAGCAUCAAACAGCUUAGCAAAAUCCAUGGAUUCCUUAUCCGCCAUGGCCUCGAAAGUCACCCUAUCUUGAACUUCAAGCUUCAGCGAUCGUACUCGUCUCUAGGAUAUAUUAAACAUUCGGUCGCGCUCUUUAAUGGUACGCCGGAUCCGAAUGUUUACUUCUACACUGCUCUGAUCCAAGGCCAUGUCAUUAAUGGUCUCUAUAAACAAGCUCUUCAUUUUUAUGUGCAAAUGCUAGUUGAAGGCAUUGAGCCUAAUGCCUUUACAAUGUCGACAAUCCUCAAAGCGUGCACAUCGGAAGCUCUGAGAGCCCUCCAUGGCCAUGCUCAUAAGUUUGGUUUUGAGUCGGAUGUUUAUGUCAGAACUGUUCUUGUCGAUCUUUAUGCAAAAGGCAGGGAUCUUGUUUCUGCUCGUAAGCUUUUUGACACGAUGCUUGAGAAAAGUCUGGUUCUGUAUACAGCAAUGGUUACAGGGUAUGUAAAGAAUGGGGAUGUUGAUGAGGCGAGAGUGUUGUUCGAUGGAAUGAAGGACCGGGACGUGGUGAGUUGGAAUGUGAUUAUCGAUGGGUAUGCUCAACACGGAAGACCGAAUGAGGCCUUGAUUCUCUUCAGGCAGAUGUUGAAGGCUGGCCAGAAGCCGAGCGAAGCAACUAUGGUGGCAGUUCUUUCGGCUUGUGGUCAGUUGGGAGCGCUGGAAUCGGGCCAGUGGAUCCAUUCUUACCUCGGGUAUAACUCAUCGUCUACUGCUCGGGUGGGUACUGCUCUGAUCGAUAUGUACAGCAAAUGUGGAAGUUUAGACGAUGCAAGGAAGGUGUUCGACGCGAUCAAAUCCAAGGAUGUUGUUGCUUACAAUGCAAUGAUCGGGGGAUAUGCAGUUCAUGGGUUCAGCCGAGAUGCUUUGAACCUGUUCGAGGAGAUGAUUGAGGUCGGUCUUGACCCUACCGACAUAACCUUCAUUAGCAUUCUAAGCGCUUGUGCACACGCGGGAUUGGUAUCUGAAGGCCGGGAGCUUUUCAACGCAAUGAAGGAUGUUUACGGUGUUGAGCCAAAGGUUGAGCAUUAUUCGUGCAUGGUGAAUCUUCUAGGUCGAGCCGGGCAUCUAGAAGAAGCUUAUGAGCUUGUUUGGGGCCGGAGCUUCGAUUCGGAUCCUGUUAUGUGGGGAACAUUGCUUGCUGCAUGUAGGCUUCACCGAAACGUAGCUUUAGGAGAGAAAAUUGUCGACUUCCUUCAUGAUCGUGGCCUUGCGAAUUCGGGAACUUAUGUUCUUCUCUCUAAUAUGUACGCGACGGCCGGUAAUUGGAGUGGCGUCGCAAGAAUGAGGGCUAUGAUGAAGCAAAGCGGAGUCCCAAAGGAACCUGGGUGUAGCUCGAUCGAAGUGAAUAAUAGAGUGCAUGAAUUUCGAGCUGGCGAAAUGAAGCAUCCUAAUAUGGAAGAAAUUUACGAGAUGCUCGAGCAAAUGAAUCGGUGGCUCAAGGCUUACGGGUACGUGUCGCAGACUGAGGCAGCUCUACACGACAUCGAGGACGCUGAGAAAGAGCGAUCGCUUGAGGUUCAUAGUGAAAAGCUUGCACUCGCAUUCGGGCUUGUUAGCACGAAACCGGGGACAACGAUCAAGAUUGUCAAGAACCUUCGAGUUUGCCCGGAUUGUCAUGCUGUCAUUAAACUUAUGUCUAAGAUUACGCGACGGAAGAUUAUAAUGAGAGACCGCAACCGGUUUCACCAUUGCGCCAAUGGGUCAUGUUCUUGCGGUGAUUAUUGGUGAGUGUAUACACGUUUAAUUUUGGAGUUUCGAUGGAAUCAGGUGCGUUAGGCUCCCAAUGAUUUUGCUAAAAAAUUGAUUCUUGAUUCAUAUAAUGUUUUAAGGUUCUUGUAGCUCCUAUCAUCGUUUAUAGGAACUAAUUCAACAUAUUAACAUGAAGACACUUCUUCGUCGCUGCCGUAGCCGCCGCCGGCGAUCUCAGAAGUCGACGAAAUACUACUGUCGAGGCUGUACUCUGGAUCAAUAGGUUGCAGCAAAGACACCAUGUGAGUAACCUGUUCCCCGGCCUCGACCAAAUCGAGUUCAUAGAUGAUCGCCGGAUAAUCCUCGAACAUCGAUUCAUCUGCUUGAAUAAGCUUCAAAAUCCGCCUCCGGAGAGGCUUAUCCACCACCAAUCCCCGGAGCAACCUCCGGAAGCCUCCCACUAUAUCGGUGAAUCUCUGCGGCGCGGAGGCGCGCAGCAUCGACCCACAUUCAAUGCAAAAUCCGGCGGCAGCGGCAGUGUUGUCCAUGGGAUACACAGUCAAUAAAUACAUCAGGACAUCCCACGCCAAUGCGGCGUGAACCACCGCCUGAUUUGCUAAAUGCGCCACCAGCGCGGCGGCGGUUUCCGUCCGGUCCCUGUCGCGGCUGUCGCAAGCCUCCCUGAACCGGACGGCGGCUCUCUUCGCCACCAGAUAGCCGACGUCGGGAAAUCGGGGAUUGAUCGCCGCCACAAGGGCGGCGUAGACGUUGGUGGAUUGGGGAAACUGCAUCUGAGAUCUCAUAACCGCUUCGCAGAAGUGCGAUCUUCCUUCGAUCGGAUUCAGUUCGGCCAUUCGAUCAGCCACCGACUGCACGUUCAUAACCGUCAGUUCUUCUAGAAGAGCCUGGAAUCUUCGCCGGACGGAACGUUUCUGAAUUCCGAUCCGCUGCUCGCCGUCAAAUGUGAUUUCCGACGACGAAUCCAUCGCUCGCGUUCCUAAGCAGGCUACAGCUAUUCCCUGGAUUAUUCUCUACAGGAAAAACAACAAUGGUGAGUAUGAGGAAUGGGCCAAUGGCUGCGGAAUCAUGGAAAAGAGGUUUUAGGGUUUAUAUAUAUAUUAUAUGUACACAUAUUUAUAUAUUUUCUUUUAUAAAUUUAUUGACAGAUUCAAUUA